ACUACGUCAUGCAUAAUGAGUGAAUUCCACAGUUGCGCGAAUUGUAAACCAAGCAAAUUAACUUACCAGUUACUGCUGUGGACAGUCAAGGUCUCGAUUAUUCAUACAACCGACCGAUUUUCCAACAUUCGCCUACAUACCUACGUAGUGUUUAAAACCGGCUUAGUACAACAGUCGCUACUGUUCUGCGGUUCGGUUCGGUCCCAAAACUCGCAGGACAACAUCCGAAUUUAUAGCUCCAAGACACUUGAAAGCUUGAAGUCUUUCAGUAUGAAUCCAGCUGCUUCGCGCGACAACACGUCUUCGUGGAUUGAUCGGCAUCAUUCAUUAGAACGCACAGAGAAAAGUCCUUUAAUCGAAAUGUCCACACAAUCAGAAGCUGUGCCUCCGACUGCGAAGAUUUCGGAGAUCGAUGACCUCGACAAUGACCGCGAAGUUUUAAACAAACCACGACCCGGUGUUGACGACGGAUUCUUCGACAACGCGCCCACGCUGCCUGGAUCCCACAAACCACCAACAAGCGAACAUGGUGAAUCCAACCCAUCGCAUCACCCAAAAUUACCAUACCCGGACGAAUUUGAUGGCAGAUACGCGCCGAGACACCCACACCCCACAGCGCCAUUCCCACACGCACCGGGGUUCGGCCCCGAUGCAGAAAACGGGUUUUCAAUCUUGGAUCUGGAAAGCAUUCCAGAUGUAAACCAAUACCAACACAAGAAAACUCUGGCGCAAGGAAUGAUGGACCUUGCACUAUUUUCCGCAAACGCAAAUCAACUGCGAUACGUGCUUGAAAGCUUUGAUCGACAUCCGUAUUAUUAUCCCAGUGUCAUACUGAUUUCGCUUAGUAUUCUAUUACAAGUCGCCAUUGGUUUGGGUUUGAUUCUCAACUCGCGCUACAAUGUGAAGAACGAUAAAGAGAUCUGCAUCGCUAACCGCAUCAAUAAUUACACAGUUAUUGGGAUUUUUCUGGUCACGGCUGUGAAUGUGUUUGUUUCCGCUUUUGGCGUUGCAAACGCGCCUGGUCCUCGAUUUCUACCACAGCCACCACCACCAGUAGGACCAAUUAUUCCCGUUCAACCCGUGUUACCUCCGACAUGAAGCAUAAUGUACACUUUAUAAAUACUCACAAUAAGUGCUUUAAACCAAAUUAUUCGCGUUGCAAAUAUUGACAUAUUGUUAUCAAUUGCACAUAAUUAAUACCAACGGAAAUAUUUAACAAACAACCGCAAAUUGAUUAAGUUCCAUGCAUUUUUGGAUAUAAACAAUAAAGAACUGAUACUUUUAAUGUAA